CGUCAUCCUCCAUCCCGGUUGGAGAACCCGGAUGUGACUGUAAACUGCUGUUGUUUAUUAUUAUAUUAUUUUACCUUUAAUGAUAGAACACGGAGGAAAACACAGUUAUUCAUUUGCGUAGCAUACACCCCAAAAGGUCUGGAAGAGCCGUUUCACUCCGCAGCAGCAUGAGUGCUCUGGCUCUGGCUCUAGAGAUCGUGGUGGUCUUCUUCCUCGCCCUCUUCCUCCUGCACCGGUAUGGAGACUUCAGGAAGCAGCAGCGCAUGGUUCUGUUCGGCACCCUGCUGGCCUGGUACCUGUGCUUCCUCAUCGUCUUCAUCCUGCCGCUGGACGUCAGCACGACCAUCUAUAAGCAGUGUAAGAUAGACCACGAAGAGGCCGCCCCCUCCCUCAGCCCUUCAGCCAAUCACACGGACGCCAACAUGUCUGCCACGCCCACCAAGAGCACUGUGAAGCCAUGCUACAAGCCGUGGAGCUACAUCCCUGACGGCAUCAUGCCGGUGUUCUGGAGGGUGGUGUACUGGACGUCCCAGUGCCUCACCUGGCUGCUGCUGCCCUUCAUGCAGUCCUAUGCUCGCUCCGGAGGAUUCUCUAUUACGGGCAAAAUUAAGACGGCUCUGAUCGAGAACGCCAUUUACUACGGGACCUACCUACUGAUCUUUGGCUCACUGCUCAUCUACGUGGCUGUUCACCCGGAGUGGCACCUGUCCUGGUACGAGCUGCAGUCCAUCGGGAUCACGGCAGCGAACACCUGGGGUCUGUUCCUGCUGGUCCUGCUGCUGGGCUACGGGCUGGUGGAGAUCCCCCGGUCCUACUGGAACUCGUCCAGACACGGACACCUGCUCAUCAAGACCUACUUCAAGGCCUCCAAGCUGAUGACGGAGAAGGCCGACG